AUGCCUAUAACCGACGAGGACGAGCGAACACACCGUCAGAAAAGACGAAGAGUGUCGAAGGCUUGUGAUCGAUGCCGCCAUGGUAAACUCAAGUGCAAUGGUGCCCUGCCUCAAUGCGAUACAUGUAUUAAGGCCGAUAAGCCGUGUUCAUACGGGACGGCGAUACGACGGCGGGGACUUCGAACCGGCUACGUUCGUGCUCUGGAAUGCCUGAUGGGGCUAGUCUUCCAGUCGGUCGAGGGAAGCGAAACUACGGUAGAGAAACUCAUUGCAAACACCUGGAGGAAGCGCUUCUGGACCCAAGAGGACAUACAGGAUGAUCUCAAUGGCGGGGAGACGCCAUGGGAGAGGUGGAAGUCGAGCAAAAUUCCCCAGGCGAUAGACGCUCUACUAUCAGCCCAUGACAAUAUGGAUGAUGACGACCUCACAACACCACCGUUGAAUCUAUCUACACAGGGGAAAGAUACAAAUCUUACUUGGAGCACCCUGGACCUUCCUCCUCCAACGCCCCAGAGCCAAUUCAAUGCCACAGUUCGAGUUGCUUGCCUACGAUGUUCCAAGGAGGCAGGAAAUGAGACGAGGGGUAUCGGCAGUCCUGCUACCCAUCAGAAUCAGGAGGUGGAAGAGAGGUCUAUCGUUACUGAUCAGCCAUCCCAAGAUGUACUACCCGAGCUUCCACGAAAUCCAAUGCAGCUGCUGAGUCGAUAUUUCUCCCUGGUACACAGCUGGCUACCAAUAGUUGAGCGUCAUGCUGUGUACAGAAGCCUCUUCGCUUAUUAUAAAACUUCAUCCAUUCUUUCAAUUAGGAAAAGGAGAACUGGUGAGACUGCACUACUAUGGGCUAUAUUGACCUAUGCAAGUAUGAUACAGGACCACUCAACAAAUCAAGUCACCCUCUUUCCCAAAUACACAUCGUAUCCCAAUCAGCUCUACAUGGCAGCUCGAAAAGCCAUACCACUGGAAAAGGAAGACGACUAUUCAGUAGGGCAUGUACAAGCCCUUCUUAUUCUUGGAUUAGUUCACUAUUCCUGCUGCGAAUGGAACAUUGCUCGCGUUGUUGUUGGACAGGCCAUCUUGCUAGCCAGCCGCAUUGGACUGAAUCAGCCCGACAAGUGCCAACCCGAAUACCAUCGACGCACCUGGCUCGGAUGUUUCGCCCUUGACACUCUCAUAUCAGCACAUACUGAAACUAGUCCUUGGAUUCGGUCAAGAGAUGUCCAGGAAUUCCUUGCGAUCGACAAAACAGGUAAUGAAGAAUGGGAGCCCUGGCACCUUCAAGACGUGCUCUUACCAGGCGUGGGGACUGAUAUGGCGGAAUUUGCGGCACCAACGCAUACAUUGACUGUAUUUGUCAGGCUUCUUGAAUUACUCUGUAUCAAGAAUGACUGGAUUUUCGCUACCACAAAGGAACAGAAUAAAGCAUGCAAGAAAGCCCUGAGAUCCUGGCGCGAGAGCCUGCCAGAGCAUAUCAAAUCCCAUGGCGCGGAUGUGUUCUCCACAGCCUCUGCGUCUCUGCCACCAAAUAUCCUCAACCUAUACAUCAUACAGGCUUUCUUGCGCACAAGGCUUUGCUACCCCACAUCAGCAGGACUGCCAAUGGGUUGGAACCACGGUCAAGAAUGGCAGAUAUUGAUUCAUGCUAUGGAGGGCUUCUUCGGUCGGUUUGACAACCAGGCAAUCCCAGCGUCAUUCAAUCUACUCAAGAUUAUUCUGCCCCGGCAGAUAGUAGAGGCCAGUCUAAUAUGUGAUCUUGUGGUUGAUCUGAAGAAAACCUACAGUGGAGAGCUGACAUGUCAGCCCCGACCGGAUAUCUAUGGCCAGAAGAUCACUAUCAAUGGGAAAGCUCAGUCAAAGAGCGGACCCGCCAUCGACAACAGCACCGACAUCAUACUGCAGCAUCCAAGCCUUCGCACAGAACAGCAGUUCAGCUCUUUAAUGGAGAUAUCAGGGCCCUGGCCAAGUAUAAACGCUGACCCACUCCCGGAGCAACGAGAUAUAAAUGACGAAUCAUCUCCGGAAGCAGCGCAAUCGACUGUUAUUACGAGUGACAGUUGUGAUCUUCCAUCGGUUGGCGAAUUUCCAGACGAUGCAGGACUAGCGUAUCCUAAUGAUUGGGAUGAUAUAGAGAUGCAAGUAUCACCACUUUCCUGUCUAGGAUGUGGUUGCUAA